AUGAUCCUGGGAUUUUCCAUCCUCGUCGCCUCCAUUUCCUUCCUCUGCUAUAGACAUCCGCCGUCGACAUGGUCCUUUCUCUCCUGGCUUCAGUGCCGGUCCAUCCAAGAUGUCGCAAAGAAACAGCAAAACGGCGCUGCCCCUCCAACGUUGGAGAUCGCGACAGAAGAGAAGCCACCAGCUGAGCGGGAGGAAGGCCGACCAGCGAAGCAGCAAAUACAAAUAGAGGAUAUGUCAGAAAAACCACGCGUUCCAACACUGGCCGCCGAGGCACCAUCGCCCAGCAAGGUCGCAAAAGCAAAGCAAGAACAAGACCGCAAAGCCAUGCCGCCACCCCCCUUCCGUAGGGAACCCGCCCCUCCAUCACCAUCAACACCCUCUCAACCCCUCCGCAACCCCUCAAUCCCGAAAUUUGCCCUCGGAUCAUCAUCCGCGUCACCAGAUGAAGACGAAGACGAAGACGAAGACGAAGAGCCCUCCAUACCCUCCUUCCCCGCUCUAAACUCCGCCCAACGAGCCUCAGGCGGUAUCCGGGGCCCUCCACGACUACAGUCCCAACCAGGAUCAGGACUAAUGGCACCGCCCCCACGCUCUUCUCUCCCGAAUCGCGGGCCUCCAAACCCAAAUUCUUUAUCCUCUUCGUCCUCUACCCUCGCACCACCCCCCACGCACGCCGCACCCCCCUCCAAACCGCGCAAAAAGGUCCUCCUAACGCCCGGCCACUCCCCUCUAGACUGGGCGCGCCUAAGCUCCUCACCCUCGUCCAACCUCCGUGGCCUCCCUCCCAACACGCCCUACCUCAAAGUACCGCCCUCGCUCCUGAAACAGUACACCGGGCGCAAAGGGAAAGACGCCUGGACCGUGCUGGGCGGCAAGGUGUACAAUAUGACACCGUACAUGCCGUACCAUCCCGGUGGCGAGCCCGAGCUGAUGAAAGCGGCGGGUAGGGACGGUACGCGCUUGUUUGGUGAGGUGCAUCCAUGGGUUAAUUGGGAGGGGAUGCUGGAGGGGUGUUUGGUCGGGGUGGCGGUUGACGAGGGGGACGUGAGGGCUACGAGCACGUUGGAUGAGAUGGAUUGA